UGCCGUCAAACCCUCUAUAAAUACCCAUUUCCUCACACUACAUCUUCAUCUCAAACAACAACCAAAACUCACAAUUUAAUCUCAUUUCAAGAAUAUUCUCUCUUUCAACCGAUCAAACAAAAGUAUGUCGACCACUACAGGCCAAGUUAUUCGAUGCAAAGCUGCCGUGGCGUGGGAAGCCGGAAAACCGCUGGUGAUCGAAGAAGUGGAGGUGGCGCCACCGCAGAAAAUGGAAGUCCGGAUUAAGAUCCUUUUCACUUCCCUCUGCCACACUGAUGUUUACUUCUGGGAAGCCAAAGGACAAAAUCCUGUAUUCCCAAGAAUUUUAGGACAUGAAGCUGGAGGGGUUGUGGAGAGUGUCGGGGAAGGAGUGACUGAUCUUCAGCCAGGGGAUCAUGUGCUUCCUGUUUUCACCGGAGAAUGCAAAGAGUGUGCUCACUGUAAGUCCGAAGAGAGCAACAUGUGUGACCUUCUUAGGAUCAAUACCGACAGGGGAGUCAUGCUUCACGAUCAGAAAUCUCGAUUCUCGAUCAACGGCAAACCCAUCUUCCAUUUUGUCGGGACUUCUACUUUCAGCGAGUACACGGUUGUUCAUGUUGGGUGUCUUGCGAAGAUCAACCCUCUUGCCCCUCUUGAUAAAGUUUGUGUCCUCAGCUGUGGGAUCUCCACAGGGCUGGGAGCUACUUUGAAUGUUGCAAAACCGAAAAAAGGCUCUUCGGUGGCGGUUUUCGGUCUAGGGGCAGUGGGACUCGCUGCUGCUGAAGGUGCAAGAAUUUCUGGGGCUUCAAGGAUCAUUGGUGUUGAUCUCAAUGCCAAUAGAUUCGAGCUUGCAAAGAAAUUUGGGGUUACAGAGUUUGUGAACCCAAAAGAUUAUAAGAAGCCGGUGCAAGAAGUGAUUGCAGAGAUGACAAAUGGAGGAGUUGACAGGAGUGUUGAAUGCACUGGUCAUAUUGAUGCUAUGAUCUCUGCUUUUGAAUGUGUUCAUGAUGGUUGGGGCGUUGCUGUUCUUGUAGGUGUUCCACACAAAGAUGCUGUGUUCAAGACCAAUCCCAUGAAUCUGUUGAACGAAAGGACUCUGAAGGGGACCUUCUUUGGAAACUAUAAACCGCGAUCUGACAUUCCUUCGGUUGUCGAAAAGUACAUGAACAAGGAACUUGAGGUGGAGAAGUUCAUAACACAUGAAGUGCCAUUUUCAGAGAUCAAUAAGGCCUUUGAUUUGAUGCUUAAAGGGGAAGGUCUUCGUUGUAUUAUUCGUAUGGAUGCAUAAAUAGUUUCAAAGGUUGUAUUAUUCGUAUGGAUGCAUAAAUAGUUUCAAAGAGGGAGCAGCAACAGUCCGCAUUCUUUGUGUUUGUUUCUCAUCGUUGUUGUUUGCUGUCUUAAAUCUUGAUUGUUACCCAUUAAAGAUUUUGAGUUUGAAUGACAACAGAUAUUGAUGUCUA